AUGUAUGCAUCUGAAACUGAUAAUCCUUAUUUCAUGUACACCUUUACAGGAAUAUAUACAUUUGAAUCACUUAUAAAAAUUAUUGCGAGGGGUUUUUGUUUAGAAGCGUUUACUUUCCUUCGAGACCCAUGGAACUGGCUUGAUUUCACUGUCAUUACCUUUGCAUAUGUGACAGAGUUUGUGGACCUGGGCAAUGUCUCAGCGUUGAGAACAUUCAGAGUUCUCCGAGCUUUGAAAACAAUAUCAGUCAUUCCAGGCUUGAAGACUAUCGUGGGAGCCCUAAUUCAGUCUGUGAAGAAGCUCUCAGAUGUAAUGAUCCUCACUGUGUUUUGUCUGAGUGUAUUUGCACUAAUAGGGCUGCAGCUGUUCAUGGGCAACUUGAGGAAUAAAUGUUUGCAGUGGCCUCCAGAAAAUUUUACUUUGGAAACAAAUAUUACUUCACUGUUAAAUAGCACAAUAGGUGAAAAUGAUACACUUGUUAAUACCACAGUGACUGAAUUUGACUGGAAGGGGUACAUUGAUGAUGAAAGACAUUUUUACUUUCUGGAAGGGCAGAAUGAUGCGCUGCUUUGUGGAAAUAGCUCAGAUGCUGGUCAGUGUCCAGAAGGAUAUGUGUGUGUAAAAGCUGGUAGGAAUCCCAAUUAUGGCUACACAAGCUUUGACACCUUCAGCUGGGCAUUUUUGUCUCUGUUUCGACUGAUGACUCAAGACUUCUGGGAAAACCUUUAUCAGCUGACCCUACGAGCUGCUGGCAAAACAUAUAUGAUAUUUUUUGUUCUGGUGAUUUUC